AUGAACGAUCAAAAAGUUUUAUUGAUUUUUCUGCUCAUUUUUUUGAAAGUCGGAGCUGAGACAACUUGUGUGCCAGGUGAAUGUGAUGGUGUUGAAGUUGAGGAAAAAGCCCCAUUUUUUGAAGGCAAUGGAAGCUCAACUACUGAAGCACCGGACAAAGGCGGCUCAAAAUCGCCGUGGUAUUAUGUAGGGUUUGGAGUGGCUGCUUUUGGAGUUCUUGCCCUAGUCGGCUACUUGUGUCGAUGUGCAAAGAUGAGACUUUGUCCGCAAAGAACUUAUCGGAAAAUAGCUACUCCAAAUGUUUUUGAAAGAAUGAUGCCGAUGGGUUCACGGAAAAACGAUUAUCGUCCAUAUACAAUGGAGCCGGGGACAACAAAAUCGAUUGAUCCCUGGGAAGUAGAGUUGGACUCUCUUUUCAAAUCCGCUAUCAAACUGGGCUCUGAGCAUUCUGUGGCCAUCAAAAUGACUCAUCCUCAUGCGUCUGAUAAAGAUAAAAGCGAUCUUCAACAAGAAAUCGAAUUCAUGAAAACAUUGGAUGAUAAAUUGGUGCAAAGUGAUUUGAUACCAUUGGCCUGGCAAGUCUGUGAUGCUUUGACCUAUCUUUCUUCAAGAAACAUGAUUCAUCGAGAUGUCGCUGCUCGAAAUGUUCUGUUAACAAAUGAGAAAAUGGCAAAGCUAAGCGAUUUCGGACUUUGUCGCCUUUCGAGUGAAAUGUUCUACACGACACGAGGAGGAAAGUUGCCGAUAAAAUGGAUGGCUCCUGAAUCACUUGAAACUGCUGUUUUUAGUGAGAAAACUGAUGUUUGGUCUUUUGGCGUUUUUCUAUUUGAGAAAACUCUCGUCAAAGAUUGUGACGAGUUUGAGCCGCUGAAACGACCGAAUUUUCAAGAGAUUCGCCAAAUUCUUUAUAAAUUAGUCGAAGACACCGCUGAACAAUAUGGAUAUUUAGAAUUUCGAAAAACUUAUUAUGAUUUUUCACCUAAUGCUCAAUCC